AUGCUCAACUCUGCUCACCCUGGUCCCUGUAAACUCCUGGCCAAAGACCAAGUCGACGAAUCCAAGGCUCUUGUGGCAGUGGGUACAGAUGCAUCUGAGAAGAGUCGACUGCCCCUUUCAUUCAUCAGAGAGUUGAUUGAGGAUCUCUUGUCCAGACAUGCUGCUGCCUCCGACUCAUUCAGUGACAGUGGUUGUAUUUGUUGGCGCCGUUUCAACGUCAUCACCUCCAAGCACCACGGUUGUCCGCCAGUCCUUUCAGCAGCCCCUGGGAAACCUGAGGAGUUGCCAUCGCCUGCUAGAAGCACGGCGGCAUUCAGCGAUGAUCUUGGUCGAAAAGGACAUCGCUCCGGCUCGUCCAAAUAUUCUCUCUGGAUCAAUGUCUCUACGCCUCGCUGCCAAGUUUUGCCUCCGUACAACCAAGUGGUGGGCAGUACGGACGAACUACUGAAGGAGCUGGAAGCCACUAUUCGACUCGACCACGGUCCGGGGAAGAAACUCCCGGAGCAGCGCCGAGGGGCGACAACCAAGAGACAAGGGUCCAUGAAAAAGUGUGUGCUCAGUGCCGAUAGCCCAGACUUCAGCUCCCCACGGUGUUGUGAUCACGGAUGA